UGUUGUCCCUUCUUGCUAUGCGGGCUGCAGCUUGUCCUUCUUUACUCCACCAGCAGUCAUCGCUGAUGUACGUGCGGUGCUCUCGCUGCUGCUGUGGUGUCUGUGUGUGGAGAUGAAGCUGCGCAGGGUGCUGCUCGCUGCCGGUAUGAACUGCAGCAGGAUAUAUUAUCCUCCAUUGCGUGGGAACGUUUAUCUGAAGCGCCUUUUCAGUUCUGUCCUCUCCCCUUCCUCUGGGACGAGUGGGACCCGAACCGCCGUCCCUUCGACUGCUAAGACAGCCCUCUGCCCACUGAAGUACUCUGUGCCACAUGGGAAUGGAGCUCUGGGCUCGUGCAGCAGGACUUUCAGCAGUGUCGGUCCAGACGCGGUCUGCGGGUCAAGAUGUCAACCUCGAAGAUGUCAACAGGCUGCUGCAGUUAGAAAGGAGAGCCUGCUCCAACCAAGUGCACCGUGGCCAGGGUCCUUUAUCCGUUCCAGAGUGACGGAAGUCUCCAGUGGUUCUCCCGUUUUUGUAGUGAUGCAUUUUGACCAAGAGGGAAAUGUGACAUCAUUCGAGAAGAAGAAAACCGAGCUUUUCCAGGAGCUAAGUCUUCAGGCCAGAGACCUUCGCUUCCAGCACAGCACCAGCCUAAUAGCUAGAAAAAACUGCAUUAUCCUACGGAUGGAGUCUUUGAAAGCCAUCGUGACCCCGCACUCCCUGUUGGUGUUGGACUUCCGUGGUUUGGGAUUGGAACAGUGGUUGGUACUGGAACUGGCCCCCCAGCUAGCAUCACAGUCGCACUCUCUGCCCUUUGAGUUCAGAGCGCUGGAGGCCAUCCUGCAGCACAAGGUAAACACUCUACGAGCUCGGCUAAAUGCUGUCGAACCAGUAAUGUUGGACACGUUGGAAUCCCUGGUGGAUCCCAAAAUCCUUUCUGCUGAUCGAAGUAAACUACAUGUACUGCUGCAGAACAGCAAGAGUUUAUCAGAGUUGGAGACCGACAUUAAAGUCUUUAAGGAGACCCUGCUGAAGAUUUUGGAUGAGGACGAGAUCAUUGAAGAACUCUGUCUCACCAAGUGGACAGACCCAAGAGUUUUUGAGGAGAGCAGCUUGGGUAUUGACCAUGCUGAGGAGAUGGAACUGUUAUUGGAUAAUUAUUAUAUGCAGGCUGAGGAGCUGGGGAACAAGACCCGAGAGCUGAAAGGGCUGAUAGAUGACUCUGAGAGUGUCAUCUUUAUCAAUCUGGACAGCCAUCGUAACGUGAUGAUGCGCCUGAGUCUGCAACUGUCGAUGGGCUCCUUCUCCCUUUCCUUAUUCGGUCUCAUCGGGGUGGCCUUUGGGAUGAAUUUGGAAUCGUCCUUUGAAGAAGACACUCGCAUUUUCUGGCUGGUAACCGGCUUCAUGUUCUUGGGCAGCGGGAUGAUAUGGAGACGACUGCUGUCAUUUCUAGGACGACAUCUGGAGCCUUCAGUGCCCCCUCUUGUAAUUCACACACACACAUGCACACUCACGCCAGAUGAAAGUGUGAUUGAAGAUCAAGUCUUGCGUGUAAUUUCUCCCAUUUGUGAUACAGAUCACUCAAGUUUGGAAGAGAAAUCUGAAAUCAUCAGACAUGAAGACGGGGGUCAGAUGAUGGUCCACCUCCAGUCUGUGAAAUGCAUCAGACCUCCAGAAUGCAGCUUUAGGGAUGAAUGUUUUAUCCAUAUUUAUGCAACGGCCUUAUUGUUGUACUCUGCCAUGUUCUUUAGCAGAGGUUGAGUCUGGGGACUCCGAUGUCUCAUGUGUGCUUUUGUGUCUCCUACGUUGCUGGUGGUUUGUUUCCAGUAUUUUAAACUUGACUCUUGAUUUAGAUGUCUUCAUAUCUCACUCUAUGGAUGGCAUUGCCUCAGUGUAUUACUUUUUCAUCUGUGGCUUUAGAGCUGGAUGCCCUUGCAGCAUUGGAACUCAACUAAUAAUAACUACCGGACAUGCAUUGGAUAAUCUCAACCUGAUGUGAGUGUCAACAUAACUGAUGAAAAGCAGUGACACAUUUUCAGGCACAAAGUCUGAGCAGCCUAAGCAAUUAUUCCUCAGUCUUUAAAAAACAUAUUGCCAGGUUUUAUCUUAUAUUGUGGCUCACUUUGUUACUGUAAGUGUUUCCAAAUGGCAUUUGAUAAAAGGGUCUGAACACCUGAGGAACCUUCAAGAGCAUGAUUAAAGUUAUUGACUUUAUCCUGUUCCUGUUUGCAUGAAAGCUAUUCAUCAAAAUGUUCAAGGUGCAUUUUACACGUUGACGCAUGAUUUCUAACCUGGGUUUCAAGAUCCCCUCAAGAUGUUGCCAAAUAAGUGCUCUUGAGAUGAUUAACAGGGCAGCAGAAAAGACAUGAAAAUGUUCCUGUCAUCUUGGUAAAACAUAUAUAUUUCCCCUUUUUGGCUAAACUGGUCAAAGCGGAUUUGAUUCAUUCUCAAGGCUCACAAGCCUAUAGUUGAAAAGCCUGGCUCAAUCCUUCCCCUUUUGACUGUUGUAGCUCUGCAUUAUAUUUAAUGUCUAGAAAAAUAAUCUUUGUUCUUGAAUUUCUUACUUUUCUUAACCACAUUGAGUCACAGUGGAUCAAACUGAGGUUUUUGGACAUGGAAAACAAGAAAAAGAGUCUUCAACGCCCAAACCAAAAGACAAAAAAAAGCAUCCUUAGCAGUUACAUCGAUGACAUUAAUGUCUAGAAGUGUCAAAAAUCACAUGUCAACAUGUGAGGUCUGACUGAUGUACUUUGCUGUCAUAACCAUUGUUCUGCACUAGAGGGAGUCAUUUCUACAGUUCAACAUUAACUUCUUUCAAGUAUAAAAGGAGUACAAAAAAUCCGUAUGGGAUACUAACGUGUUUAUUAAAUUAUAUGUAAUUAAAAGUUACACUGAAAUAAAACAAUUGAGUUUUGUUAAACAUUA